GGAAGGAAAUUCUGUCACUAAGAACAAUGGGUUUGCUUCUCUAUCUAUAGACGCGCUGUAAGACACAGAGUGAAAGAAAACGAGAGAGAAGGCAAAAGAAAGUUAAGCAAGCUGUCGCAGAAAGGAUAGAGCAAAAGAUGAAGAAUACAUGAAAAUUGGGGAAAGGUUAUGCAUUGUGUGGAUGAAGAAUGGAAAGCAAUUAACGGGUCAUCGUUUUCAAAAAUGGAACUUAACCCUCUUUCUGGAAAAAGAAGAGCUGAUAUAAAGUAGGGUAUUCAGCAUUUUGACAAAAUUGGAGUAUUGAAAAACACCUGAGAAGCAGACUUUCAACAGAGAAAAGUUACCAUGGAAGAAUCUGGCAGCUCGCGUUCCAGGAAGCUCCAUUUCCCAGUGGGCCUGUGGAUAAAUUCUCCCCGUAAACACUUUCCCAAACUGGGAGUUCGUUGGCCGAGCGCUGCGUCAGUCAAAUCCAACACUAGCUCCGAUGCCGCCUCCCUGCAUGAGGCCUGCUCGGUCCCUUCCUCCGCCCUGUCUGUAUCCACCCCGUCCCUGGCCGCUCCCUCCCCGUCCUCCUCCCCCUCCCCUGCCUUCCUCAGGCCCCGGCCCGCUGCCCCUCAGUCCCGCGCCAAGCGUCUUUCCCACCUCUUCCUGCGGGGGCGCUCCAACAGCGACCGGGACCGGGCUGUGGGGGAGCGUGAGCGGGAGCUGUGGGCACACUCCGCUGCCCCCUCUACGCAUCACUACUUACCCCCGGCCACCUCUUCUGCCCCUGGGCUCAUCAAGAUCUAUGGGGACGCACUGUCCAGCGGUGCCAACUACCGCAGCCUGCUGGCCAACAUCCACUCCACAGCACGGCAGCUGAUUUCGCAGGUCAUCACUCGCUACACGGAGAGGGAAAGAGACACUGAAGUGGAUGAUUUGGCUCUCCAGAAACACGCUCCCGAGGACUUCCUGUUGUGUGAUGUCAUUGGAAAGCCCAUCCACCAGCCAGAUGGGACCUUCCAAUGGGAGACGGAGUGCCGAAGGGGCGUGGCACCCUGGGAAUGCCCCUUGGUCCUGGUGGACAUGUGGCGACCCAAAGAUGGCUUCGAGCGCCGCUUUGAAAUCCAACGACGAGACGACUAUGAGAGAGAGGAGAUCAACAGGGAGAAGGACAGGGAACGAGAGGGCGAAAAUUCUCAAGUCCGUUGGAGAAGAGGUCGUAUGUCAUCUGGAAGUGGUCCUGAGGAGAAUGAACGUGGCCACAGGGCCCGGAACUCAGAACUCAGGAGAAGCAUCAGUGACAUGAACCUCAGCCUGAGACGUCGCCAAGGCAACAAUGCAACCAGUGACCCCAGGAGAUCAGGCAAUGCGCAAAACAGCAACGACAGGAAGAACAUCGUGAGCAUGAUUGGCUCAGAGGUAAUGGAGGUGAGUCCAAAGUCAGGAAACGAGAUGGACCGACGCACAAGGGCCGUGGAGGAGGACCAGGAGAUGUCCACCUGUGACCUGGAAGUGAUGUCGCAGAGCCUGAUCCUCCCGCCCACUGACCGCCCCUACUUCCUCCUCCUGCAAGGCUACGACCAGAGCAAGGACUUUGUUUUGUACAUAAUGACCGGGCAUACACAUGUAUUUGGGAGGAAGCCAACCUUUCGCGAGCGGGAGAAAGACAGAGAGAGGGAGAGGAAGGGGAAGAGGCCUCUGAAAGUGGACACUUUCCUCUCGGCCCCUGACCUGCUUGUCCGACAUUUGCUGGUCAGGAGAGACUCUGCCGUACCCGAGCAGCCACGUGGACAAGCACUGGUGCGGCCCUUCCGCAGUGGAGCCGUCACGCACAACGGGGCGCCGCUGUACAGGGAAGCCACGUUGAAACCAGGGGACCUGCUGGGACUCGGGGGCCACUUCCUCUUCCUGUACCGUGACCCCCGCGUGACCCCGGCGCCUCCGCUCGCUCUGCCCCUGCCAUGGCAGGCCGACUCAUCUGCUUCCUGUGGCCCGGCGGCCGUGCUGGAUCGGCAGGAAGCGCUCCGGCAGUAUCUCGGCUCCGCAGAGUCCUUGCUGAGAUUCCAGCCCAGACAUGCCGAUGUUCUGUUGCAGGAGAUAAUCUCCAAAAACUCUUCCCCCGACUCAGGAGGAGGCGCUCUCGCACCUGCCUACCUGCUGUCAGCCAUGAUUGAUUACGCCUCCAAACACCUGGACCCGGCCCUCACGCCCCAGCUCCUGCUAAAGGCGGCCACCCACAUCAAAGGAAUCGUGUGGGACAACAUCAAGGAAUUUGGGGAUAAACAUCCCACACAAAACUCCACAGAUCCAACCGGUGACCCCAGCUCUCCUACCGUUCAAGAGCUGGCAACAGAUCUCCGCCCUCUAAUGUUCUGGAUGUCAAAUGCCACCGAGCUACUCAACUUCUUCCAGGUCAAGGUGGAGGCCAUGGAGAAAGAGUGGGAGUUUGAGGUGCCAGGCGACCCUGUUCUGACAGCCGAUAUGGACACUUGCUCUGAGGCCUUGACACAGCUUGAUGAUGUCAUCAUGCACACUUUCCAACAGUGUGUCUAUCAUCUGACAAAGACCCUGUAUUCCCUGCUGCCAGCUCUCCUGGAGUCUAACCCUUUCUAUCGUGACCGCGAAGAGAAAGACAAAGAAAAGAGCAAGACAAAGGAGUGCAGCAAGAGUGGUGGUGGAGGAGGAGGAGGAGGGGGAGGAGGAGGGGAGGCAGAGGGUGCAGGGGUAGCUGAGGAGGAAGAAGAGGAUGACGUGUCCACACUACCUCCCACUGUGGCGGGGCUGGUGGAGGUGUAUCGCUGCUCUCUGCAGCUGACCCGGGACGCCUGCCUCUCCCCUCCGCUCACCUCGCAGACCUUUGGCUACCUGUUCUUCUUCACCAACACCUCCCUGCUCAACACCCUGCUGGAGAGAGAUGGGCUUUUCUCGUGGUCUAGGGCGGUUCAGAUCAGGACCAAUCUGGACCUGGUGUUAGACUGGCUGCAGGGCGCUGGUCUGGGUGACAUUGCCUCAGAGUUCCUCAAGAAACUGUCAGUCACCGUGAACUUCCUCUGUGUUCCCAAGACACGUUUGAUCCAGUCGUCAUGGUCAUGUCUGCUGGAGGACCACACCUUGCUGAGCCCGGCCCAGCUGCACCACCUCCUGACCCACUACAAGCUGGGCCCAGCGCGAGCCCCACCAGCCUCCUGGGCACCACCCCCUGGUACAGAGCUUAGCGGAGAUAUUUUCGAGAGUUUUCUAGAUCACCCUCCACUGAUCCUGCCGAAUGAGACGCCCCGCCUAGAUCUCUCCCAGCCCAUCCCCAGUCCAGAGCUUCAGAAGGAAAUGACGCGCCUGCGCACAUACCUCUGGGGGCUCGACCAGGACGAACUCCCUGCCAAUCAGAGAACCAGGUUGUAGUAGCACCGGGCUGUACUACAGUAGCGUCACGUUUGAUGGUGGGCUCGGGUGGAAGAGGCGCUUGCUCAGCAGCUGGAAGGUUGCAGGUUCGAGGCCCGCUCUGCCAGACCCCAUCGAAGUGUCCUUGGGGCAAUAUACUGAACCCCAAAUUGCUCCUGGUGAGCAAGGUUUGGCACCUUGCAUGGCAGGCACCUCCCACCACCGGUGGGUGAAUGUGUGUUUGAAGGGGUCAAUGUGAGGUAUACAGUACAUUGUAGAGUGCUUUGAGUGUGUGAAGGAGUUAUAACUUUAUAUAAAUUUAGUCAAGUUUUGAUAGAUAUAUGAACUGAACAUACCACCCUGUUGGAAUAAAUUGCAGAUUUCUUAAGUUGCUGUUGGGAUACAGCCUUUGGCGUUGUUUCGUAGCUAGCUCUCUGGGGAGAUCUGCUAGUGUAUUGCCAAAAUCUGUUUUUUAUUCAGAACAGUGUUUAAUUAUUGCUCAUUAUAACCAACAUCUGAAACUCAUUUUAACUGAACUAUUGCCUGGUUGCAAUAGAUAUGUGUUAAAAAGUACACAGGUGAUGGAGGGUGGGAGGUGUAUCCACAUGUUAGGAAAUGCUUUAUGCCCACAAACAGAUCUCACAAAAAUAGAACUGAACCAAAAUCUUGUCAUAUGUAGAAUGAUAUUUCAUUAUAAGGAAGAAGCCAGUUGGACACCCACACAUACACAUGAUACACACACACGCGCCGUAUACACACAGUCAAUAGACACAUAUAGAUACAAUAGACACACACAACCUACAAAGGUGCAAUGGUUGGUCUCUCAGGCCUGACACACACACACACACACACACACACACACACACACACACACACACACACACACACACACACACACACACACACACACACACAUGCACACAAACACACACAUUUGCACUCUCUCUCUCUCUCUCUCUCUCUCUCUCUCUCUCUCUCUCUCUCUCUCUGGGUGGGACUUUAUCUCUGGAGUAGAUGGUGUAAACAACAACAAAAAAAUCUAAUGUUUGCAGAUUCACCACAUCUGAUAAUUUAUGCGUAAUGUUGUAGUGAGGAAGCAGGGGAUGUCUUCUGAUGAUUUGGCCUAGUUCAGCCUUAAAUAUAGGGACACAUCCAGGUGGGCGAAAGUGUCAUAUCUUUAUUAGAUCAUAUUCCUCCUUGACCU